GAUAAAUAAUUAGCGGUACUGUCAAAGCUCAGUCUCCUUGACGGUAUUUUACCCUACGUUUAUUUUAUCACACUUAGUCCAUAGAUGAACCCAUUCGUAAAGAAUUGAAAUUUUAAAGAAAUACAGCAAACAGAGACAGACAUUACAGGCAUGCACGAAAACAAAUCAUAGGAUAUUCAUAACCUCAUUUCAGCUUUACCCCCCCCCCCCAUCCUACAUACACAAACAACACACACUAAAUACUCUACGGUUACCUAUGACAUAGGCAUGGCCUAAUCAUUCAUACUAAUAUACUUAUACUAAUCAGCAUACUAAUAUACUCAUACUAAUCAUACAUACUAUCAUACUCAUCAUAUAUACUAAUAUACUCAUACUAAUCAUACAUACUAAUAUACUCAUACUAAUCAGCAUACUAAUAGACUCAUACUAAUUACCAUACUUACACUCAUACCAAUCAGCAUACUAGCUGGUAUAAGCAAUUAGACAAUAUUUCUGAGAUCAUGUGAAACAUCAUUCAAUGGUUAUUCAAGGUAACUGGAGGUGUUGUGGAUAGCGAUAUAAAAUAUGUUAUUUUAUCGUUUGAGGGAAUCCAUAAGAAUGGCAGCGCUCUAGUUUACAGAUAAACAUGUGUUGAUGUGUAUCCAUCACUGUCCUUAAUUUAUCAGCUAGAAAACUUCAUGGAAACUAGGAGGCCAGAGUUACCCACUCUCGAAAUACAAGGAAUACUAAAUGAGGAAUGCGGGUGGAAAGUUUAUCAAAUGGACCGUUUAGAUUCAUUCCAAGAUAGCAAUUAUUUUGUGAGCUACGGUAUCUCGGUUGGGUCACAUUUAAAAGGGGAUCUACAAGCGAUGGUCAGAGUAAUUCAUCGCCACCUGUUUAAGGAAUCUGAAGCGGAAACGGAAAGGAAAGUGAUGGAGCAACUUCACCGUGACGGAUUUAUUUGUACUACAUGUAAACCAUAUUCCAACAAAAGCUGGUUUUAUACAACAGGAGAUGAUCAGUGUGUAAUUCGUCUCUUUUCAUUCAUUCCGGGGAUACCUUUAAGGAAAUGUGUACAUGUAAUUGACAGUGUAUGUAUGCUCAAAGAAUUGGGGAACUUUGUUGGACAGCUUCAUAAUUCCCUUGCAAACAUUUCAAAGGAUAUUGUCAUUCCACCAAGAGCUAAUGACCCGUGGGUUUUACAGAAUGUGUCUUGCCUUAGAACCCUGUUGACAAAUAUCAAGAAGAAUUUUAGUGAGGAAAAAGUAAGCACCAUUCUGGACAUCAUAGACAAAUUUGAAAAGCAGGUUAUGACAUCGUUUUACGAACUGCGGAAAGGUGUAAUUCAUAAUGAUAUCCAUGAUCUCAAUAUCAUUGUCAAUUACAAGGACGGAAAGCUACACCCCAUAUAUCCCUCAUGCUGUGGUGAGGUAAACUAUGCCGUCAAAGCUAAAUAUGGGCUCAUAGAUUUCAACGAUAUCGUGCUCUCGCCUUAUUUGUUUGAAGUUGCCAUGGCCAUCAGAGAUUUAAUGACUGAUGUUAAAGAUAUUGGUUUUCUUGAAAUCGGUGGUCAUUUUCUAGCUGGAUAUCAAGGCAUCUGUCCAAUAUCAGAGCCGGAACUACGAUUAUUGCCUUAUUGUAUUCAGGCUGCUUUGUGUCAGUAUAUUGUUGUCGGAGAAAGUGAAUUUCAGGAACAACCGAAUAACGAAUACACACGUCUAGGAGCAGAUGAUGCAUGGACAGUGCUUCGAAAACUACAGUAUAUUACUAAUGAGGAAAUGUUAGGAACUUGGAAAAGAUUAUUGAUGUAGUUUUUACCUGCUGCGUGCUUAUUGAUUUUAUCAUACACGUUGUUUCCUAACAAUGUAAAACUUAUACGGUACCAAUUUUGAUGCACCAGAUGCGCAUUUCGACAAAUAAUGUCUCUUCAGUGAUGCUCAACCGAAAUGUUUGAAAUCCGAAGUAACAAUGAAGUUUUAGAGCUAUUAUAGGGGAAAACAGUGUGCCAAAAAAGUGGAGUCAAAUUCCUCUAAGGAUAAGAGCUAUGCGUGAGGGAGAUAAUCCUUAAUUUUGAAAUGAAUUUCUAAAUUUUAUAACAGCAAUUAAAUAUACAUCCGUAUUUUCAAGCUAGUAACGAAGUACUUAGCUACUGGGCUGUAGAGACCCUCGGGGACUAACAGUCCACCAGCAAUAUUUCGUAAUGAAUGAAAUGAGGUUGGAAUUAUAUAUACAUUUAUGAUCGUGAACGUAGUUGCUGACAGGUUACAUCGCAAAUUAUAUGGUCGUUAUAACGAUCUAGUUUGCCAAUACAGCCUAUCAUUUGGGUCAAAUGCUGUCUGACAUGUUUCAUACCGAUUGUUAGACCGUUCUUAGCACACUGAUUUUAACUACGGAUGACUCCGUUUGCGUGAUCAAGAUAUAAGGCUCGCGGCGGGUGUGACCAGUCGACAGGGGAUGCUUACUCCUCCUAGGCACCUGAUUCCACCUCUGGUGUGACCAGUUAUUGCUUAUAGGAGUUAUGAGAUUGUUCACUGUUCGUUAAAUUGUCUUCCCAUUUCAUCCAAUUGAGAAGUAGCUAAGUGAGUAGUAUAAGGCGCCUCGAGAGACAGGUCAACUGAGUGCAGUUUGGAGUGCGGGGUUUUAUAGGCGGGUCAAGCAGGUGGCCGGGAGGCCACCUGGCGCGGUCAAGCGGGGCUGGCGCGGUUAAGCGGGUCAGGUGGUUAAGAGCUGGCGAGGUGGGGCGAUAGCGUGUGAACGUUUUGUAUUCCUUGUGUAUUCCUUUUUGUUAAAUUUCAAAUAAAGAAUUGAAUUAAA